AUGGCAGGUGGCAUUAGUUCCAAAUACUUGGUUAGAUGUGCGGCGGGAUCACAAACGAAUCCCACGGGGGGCAUUUUGAUCUGUGAUACUCAAGGAGUGGCGAAGAUGGUUUUGCCGGGACCGGUAAUCAGUCGAGUACAGCGCACGGGCAAGCCGAAUGUGUUGGAGAUACUUGUGGAGAAGACCGGUGGCGAUGCUUCUACUGACAGACAGUUAAUUGAGUUGAUGUUCGACAACGAGCCUCAGUGCUUUCAGUUCUCCAAAAUCAUCACCACAGUGAUAGGACUGAAGGUCAAGAGACAGGUAGCUGGGUCAGGCAGCGAAGGAAAGCGACAGCUGAAAAAACCUAUCGAUUUGGACGUCUAUAGUCUCAAGGACACAUUAAUUCUCGAGGGAUCUUGCCAAACAGACACUGUCUUGACUGCCAAGUACGUGGAGAGCAAGGAAGCAGACGCUCAACUACGAGAGAAGAAACAGUUAUAUCCCUUCAUACGUAUCAACUGGUUCUUGUCCAAGGCCCCAGGCGUCGUGGCAACUAUGCCCGUCGAGGGAUCCGAAGGUACGGGAAAGUUAUACGAUAAACAAUUCAGCGUUGCCAAUGUUCUCGAAUUCAAUGUAUUAUCCCGUAUGGCGGGGCAUUACAUCUUUGUUGAGGCAUAUAUCUAUAGUGAAUCUAAGAAUUUAAAGGUUGCUAUGAAGGGACCAGUUUUACCUUCAGCAGAUCUUUCCAAACGAUUGCUCAAGAUUAUUGUCGGUGGACAAAGCAGCAUGUCCAUUGGAAUGGUUGUGGAUGAUCUCAUCGGUUAUUAUGGCAACAUGACACGGAAAAAAGAUUACAGGAAGUUGACAACCAUCUUGAGGCCCACUACGGGCAACAUGAUCGACUGUCGCCUGCUAUUAUCCUACAAAGGGCUCAGCAUUAUCCCCGAUAUUGAGUUGUUUAAAGGCCUCGAGUUACCAGGCCUAUACACUGAAAUCAACUUCACCUGGGGUGAAUGUUAUUUCAGUUUACCACACGUGUGCGACGAGGAAACAGGAAAUAUUUUUCAAGAGGAAAAUGUCAAAGAUGCUUACUACUUAAAGUUGGAAUUCUAUUCUAGUGAUGGCGAAUCAUGGUUCCAAAUUCCAAUCCGGUUUCUAAAUGUGAUGCAACGUGAUAUUGCCUGGCAUUACGCUAUGCUUAUGAGUAAUACUGAGUCAUCGACUAUGCGUAAAGAUCGGGCACUCUAUGAACGUGAUAUGACAAUUGGCAAUGUCGCCAAUGUCCAAGGAGCUUUCAAGCAUCUAUGGAAACACUUUGAUUACGAAACCUUCACCAACUCCAUAGCAAUACCCCAAAUCUUCAGUGCGACCAAACCCGUGCCCGUCUCCGGUCCCGACCGAGGAACCGCUGUCUCUGGCGAUACCGCCGGCGGAAAACGGGCUAGCAUUCUCAGCAAAAAGAAGGACACAGCGAUUGCUACUACCAGGAAGGACAAAGAGCAACAGAAGGCUAGAGAAGAAGCGGCCAAGACGUCAUACUACGAAUAUGAAGCGACGGGUGAAGCUCCUCCAGACGUCGCCUAUCAGGAGUGGGAAAGCGAUAGCGAGUAG